GCAAAGGUGUUAACUGUGACUUCCAUGGCGAUGGAGGCGGAGCUGAGAUGCUGAAGCUGCAAGUAACCGGGAAGACGAUCUUGUCCAGUAUUCGUUGUCAGAGAAAGAUGUCUACUUGUUCUUCGUACGCAUUUGGACCUUACAAAAUCGAUCCGCGUGAAGUGUUCUACGCAACGCCUCUCUCUUAUGCCAUGGUUAAUCUCCGUCCGCUUCUUCCUGGUCAUGUUCUUGUCUGCCCGAGACGCCUUGUGCCACGAUUUACAGAUCUUACAGCUGAUGAGACCAGUGAUCUGUGGCUUACUGCUCAGAAAGUUGGCUCUAAGCUUGAGAACUUCCAUAAUGCGUCUUCUCUCACAUUAGCUAUCCAAGAUGGCCCUCAAGCGGGACAGACUGUUCCCCAUGUACACAUUCACAUCUUGCCUCGUAAAGGUGGUGACUUUGAGAAGAAUGAUGAAAUCUAUGAUGCUCUUGAUGACAAGGAGAAGGAACUGAAGCAGAAGCUUGAUCUAGAUAAAGACCGGGUUGAUAGGGGCAUUCAGGAGAUGGCUGACGAGGCUUCCCAAUACAGAUCUCUUUUCGAUUGCUAGUUAUCAUUUCUCAAUCAAUAUCAAACCAAGCUAUCCAGUACCUUUAAUAAGACCGUUGUGACAUGUGACUCUCAGUUUGAGGUUUUAUGUCUGAGACUUGGAUUCAAAUAUGUAAUCUCUUUCUAAUGUCGUCAAAUCUGCGCAUAAAACUAAGCGUUAUUGUAUUGGUUGGCACUUCUUAGUGACAUUUGAAUCAACUCUUUCAAGUUUUAAAGAAAAA